AGCUGUUUCCUAACAGUGUUUUUUCCAAAAUUCCGAUAUACUUAUCAGGUUGGCGUUGGGAGAUAAUUUGCUGCAGAUUUGAUUUAUCUGUGAAUCAAAACAAUGAAGUGAGCACUUAUUAAGGUAUAAUCUUUUAAGUUGAAAUCAAUUAAAAUAUACAUAAUUCCUAUGUCAAGAAUUGUUAUCAAAUAGAAGGUAGAUGAAUUUUUAUGUAAUGGGAAACUGUAAAAGAUCACGCACGGCUUAAAAGGAAAAUUGGCUUUCGGCAAUUUGCUCAAUUUUUUAUGUUGUAGAACUCGUGAAGCUGAUCAAAUGUCUUCAUUGCAUCACUGCUCUAAAUUCACCCUUUCAGAUCAUAUAGGGUGCCAAAAAUAACUUUUCUGAAAUUUCAAAUGGCCAUUGUCAAGAAACUUUUUCGAAUAUAUAAAAUAAAUCGAAGUAUGCAUCCGAUUGUUCAUACAGCUGACUAAAGGUCACUAUAGAGAAAAAUGAUUCCUGCAGGCACAGAAGAUAUACAGGGUGUGUCCAAAGAUAUCAAUUUCUUCAGUGAUUUCCAACCUUAUCUGAGAGAAUGGAGUGGCAUGAAUUUUUCAGAGCAUCCAUUUCCGAACUUAAAAUAACCAUGAUGAUUGCUAACCUUCGACGAGGAGAAAGAACUUGAAGAAGAAGAAGUAUUCUGUGUUCAAUCACAGACAAUAAUCUGUGGUUCAAUGCACAAUUCUGUGAUCAAACCUCAUGGACACAGAUCUGAAUUAUAAUAUUUCAUAUUCUAUGGGCUAAAGACUGAAUACCAUAGAACACUACUAUAAAUUGUGGUUAGUCCUUAUUUAUCUAAUCUGUGGUCUCGCCAUAGACCUAAAUUAAAUUUGAUAUUAGGUCUAUGCUCCUUGAUAAAUAAUAACAACUUGAAUCAUUUGUAUAUUCGAAUAUUAUUAAUCAAAAAUGAGUGUACCAGGUUUCCCUGCUUUAUUUUACUCAAAGGAACCUCUUCCCACUAACACAAAUCUGAUUAAAACAGAACAAGAUCCUAAAUCGAAAACACCUAGAAUGAAAUGGAGUACUUAUGUUGUUGACUUCGAAGAAAAAAACAGUGUUUCAGAAAAUAAAAAUGUUGUUGCUCCUUAUUAUGAUAAUGAUGAGGAUUUGUUAGAUUGUAUGGAUAUGGAAGAAUGUUAUGAAAUUUCCCCUACAGCCUCAGGAAAAUUCAUAACAAUAUUUGAUGUUCCAUCAGCUUUGUUACCUGUUAUAGUAGGCCCUAAAGGAAGAAAAUUAAGGGAGUUACAGGAAAUGACCCAAACCUUAAUUAAAGUGCCUAGAGCUCAUGAAGUAGGAGCUCCUGUUAAAAUAACUGGACAAAGUGAAAGAGCUGUAGCAUCAGCUCGUAACCAAAUUUCUAUACUUGUUUUAAAAAAGAGAGAAAAGAUACCUAGUACACAUUUUAUAUCAAUCCCAGUAGAUUCAGAUGAAAUAAGGAAUAAUUUUGCUUUAUUCAAGAAAAUAGUACUGAAAGAUAAGGCUACUAGGGGUGUGGAUGAAAGCAUUUUUCAGAAUCCAAACAAGCUUCAUAUAACUAUAGAAGUAUUAACUUUACUUGAUGAAUCUGAAAUUAAACGUGCUAAGGAUAUGUUUUUAUAUAAUGUUCAGGGUUUAAUAAGUUGUUAUUUGAAAGAAAAACAAUAUAAAAUCAGAUUGCAAGGCAUUGAAAUUAUGAAUGAUGAUCCUAGCGAGGUAGAUGUUUUGUAUGGAAAGGUUGGAAUGGACAAUCAAGAUGAUAAUGAUAACUUUCAAAGAGCUAUUGAUAAAAUAUCAAAUAUGUAUCAUGUUUAUGGUUAUGUACGAAAACACUACGAUAUUAAACUACAUGUUACUUUAAUGAACUCCUUGUUUAGACAAGAUGAAAAGGAAAAAAGGACCACUUUUGAUGCAUCAUUUAUUUUAGAGAAAUACAGAAAGUUUGAUUUUGGAACUGCAAUUUUGAAAUCUGUCGAUUUAUCAGUGAGAUUUACAACUGGAAAAAAUGGUUAUUAUAAAUAUGAAGUAUCGGUACCUUUUGAAGGAUCAUCAUAAAUAUAUUUUCUAAAAUAUUA